AUGAAGCACCGCCAGAACGCCGCCAAGGCCGCCGCGCCCGCCGCCGACCGAACCCCGAAGCGCCCUCCGAAGCUUCGAAGCUUCCAGAACGCCGCCAAGGCCUCCCCCGACGUCAAGGCCGGCAGGGACGAGAGGCGGACGCCGCAGCAUGGGCGUCGUUCGGACACGGGCGACAGGGAGGACAAGGAGGACCUCCCGAAAGUCGGAGGAGGAAGACGGCGCAGCAGGGUCGCGGAAUCGGACGACGGCAGCGACGACGGCGACAGGAAGCAGCGGGCUCGAGCGCGCCGCGGCAGCUCCUCCUCGAAGGCGCGGCAGCCGAAGAGGCGCGUCGUCAACUUCUUCUCCCGCGACAUCCCGAAGCUGAUGACGUCGCUGCGGUGGAACCCGGACGAGACGGAUGACGAGGCCGAGAAGAGCUACCAGGGCUUCGAGCCCAUCAAGCGUCGGGAGGAGCAGGAGCGGCGUGCCCGGCGAGGCGACACCGACCCUCGUUAUGAGUACAUCUUCCAAGUGCUGUCGGCGUGCACUGGCCUCGCCAAGCACCAGGUUAUGGAUCACGUCUUCGAGGAGAAUUUGCUUGAAGAAGUCAGCAAGUUCCUGAUGCCGGGUCAGUACAACAACAUGAUCUGGUUUUAUCAAGAGAGCGAAGAAACUCCGGACGUCAGCUUGGUUGAGGAUGAUGUCAAUGAAGACAAAAUAAUUGCAUUGAGGAACCUUAUUCGAUUUAAUGAAAUGAAAAAUCACUUCGGUUUUUACGACGCCUGA